CUUCGUGGCAUCGCCGACACACCUUUCGUCCAACACAGGCGAGCAACCCCUACAUACCCAUCCAUUAUCAGAUCUUCUUCCGUUUCCGCCUGCCUGUCUGUCGACCGAUGUUGCCUCGUCAUAGCCGGCACGCCCUCUCAUGAGAUCCCUGCGUUGUUCCUGUCAAUGGACGCCCUUGACCAGCCUCCCCCGCCCUCCCUUCCCCCGGUCGGUCCAUGCCGUCUUGUUGCGUCGACUCUGCUGAUCUUUCUGCUCACCCUUGUGGCGUUUUUCCGCAGCACCGGAUCAGCACUCAUAUGCCUCAUCAACGGUCCCAGGGGCGGCGGGCGACUCAGGCUCAAGGACCUGCAGCCGAGGGGGAGCGCACGGAGGCCUCCUGCCGCGCAGCCGUGCAAGCCGCCAUCGUCUGUGGCUCUCAGCUCGUCGUCGUUGCUUGCGCCACCGAGACCUGUAAGACGGCUGCCUCCAGAUCUGGAUGGAGAUGGCGGUGAUGAUGGCCAUGUUGCGGCUCUCCUGCCCCGUGACGUCCUCAAGGCCCAGGACGUCGUGACAGUUAUUGACGAGUUCUUCGCGACCAGCGUGGCUGAGGACAAGACGGGCAGCGACGGCUUGUCGAUGGUGCAGGGCCCGAUCAUCGAGCUUAUGAAUGGCGUGCCCAGCAUCCGGCGGCCAGUGGAUCUGUCAGGGAGCUCCCCACCAUUAGCCCCCGAGACCCUUCAGGACACCAUUAAGAGGCGGCGGCGGCAGCUCAGUGCCAAGAGGGCGAGGAAGGCGGCAGCGGGCAUCCCCGUUCGCAUCUAUCGCUUCCGCUCGUCGUCGAGGAAGCCAUUCCGGCCCAUGACAGAGAAACUGCCCCUUGCCCUCAUGAGCUUUUCAACCGCCCCCCUGCCCGCCCUCCUCUUUCCCCCUGCAGCCCCCAGCCCUCUUGCCAACGAUGAGGACCAUCCCUUAGACAGCCAUGGGCCACAGAGCCACAGCGUCCCUGAUGUUUCAUUGGUGCUGAAUGCCACCGAGCCGCAGCCAGCGACGCCGAGUGGUUCCGAGCUCUCUCUCGCGUUGCAGAGCUUCGCCACGUCCCGUGACGGGUCGGUCGAUGCGGCCGCUGUGAGCGCUCUGCAGCCCCUGACGAACCAGACGGCUGAUGAGGGCCCGCCGGUGGUGCAACGCAAGACAGGCAGACCGCGGAAGACCCGGCCUCGAGCUGGUGCGGCCAAACGCCGGCCCUCCAGACGAAGGAAAGAGGCGCAUGACGAGGGGCUGAUGGGCGAGGAAGACGACGUGGGGACAGACGUUGAUGAGGUCGACGAGGGGGAGUGGGUGCUCGACACGGGCAGCCUGCCGCUGCCCGAGGAGUCUCCGCGUCGGUUCUUCAGGCGCAGCAACGAGUACUACCAGCAGUCCAACAGGGAUUACGUGGAUGAGCUGCAGCCCAUGCUGCGAUUCGAACGGCGGCUGGUGGCCAUGGAAAGCGAGCUGCUGCGGCCGCCCACGUUGGACGAGGUGCUGGCGGCGGAGGGCAUCGAGAGGGAGGAAUUCGAACGCAUGAAGGGCAGAUUCAACGAGGCAGAGGUGAGAGGGUCGAGGGUGGAGGGUUGAGGAACACGGGAGGGAGGCGGGACACAUGUUUGUCUGUGUCUGUUGGCGUCAGGUUGGUCUUCCUUUGAACAACAUGGGUCUGCUUCUCAACGAGGCCUCGAGGGUCCUUGUGACUUCUCGCGACGGUCAGUCAGUGCAGUGAGCACAUCCAUCAACUCAACAGAUAGACAAGCGACACACGCCACGCUCGCCAUGCCAUGCACCCAUCCCAUCGACCCUCAUGUGUUUGGCUGGUGUUUGUGUGCCGUGUCGUGGGCGCAUUGCUUGAUUUGAUGCAGACACGGUUUUGUGGGACCUGGCCCAUUUUGGGUUGGAUACUUUGCGUGAGGCAGCGCGUCGGUUUGACCCUGACCGCAACACCACCUACAUGACCUACGCCUUCUACGACAUGAAGAAGGCCAUGCUCAGGGGCGGACAGGAGCUAUUCUGCAAAGUCACACUCAGCGCCCAGGGCUGGAAUAGCCUCCUCAAGGUGACCGCAGUCACCGCCACCCCGCACUCCCGCCCGCACAAUUCAUUGCCGACAUCAACACAGACACUUGGUGAUUUCGGUCGUUGCCUCUCUCUUACGUGUGUGUGUGCAGCUGAAUCGUGCCCGCAAGCGCCUGUCUGCGAGCCUGGGCCGCGAGCCGACUCCCCAUGAGCUGAGUGAGGCGACCGACCUGUCCCUCACGGUCAUCUCACGCCUCGCCAAGCUGAAUGAUGCGGCGCUGGCGUCGUCCACCCUGGUGCAGCAGUACCACGACCGUGACGACUCGUACCUCACCCGCCUGGACCAGAAGAUAGCCUCGCUGCAGGCCGGGAACACCCCAGUGAGAUCCCGCAGCGACCCACUUUCUGAGGACACUAUGGUUGAUAGUAGCGACUGGUGGCGGGAGGGGGGCGGGGGAUGGGGCGACCGGUCGUCGCGCCUCCUUGGUGAGGCCAUCGAGCGUCGGAGGGAGGCGGAUGAGGAAAGAGUGGCCACGGAGACCCGGGCCAACAUCACACACUGUUGCAAGCUCCUACUCGGUGACGAACUGGCCAAAGUCAUGGUCCUCCGGUAAGUCAGGACAAGGCACGCAUACACACACAGACAGCACCUUCCACAUCCAUGCCUUUCUCGUGUCGUGUGUGUCGGCUUGUAGGUGGGGUUUCGACCAGGGGCUGCCCCGUCUGUUGCGCGAGGUUGGCGUGCUGUGCCACCGGAGCAAGGAGUGGUGCCGCCAAACUGUCGAGGAAGCCUUCGCCAUCAUUGAUGGCCGCCGCCUGCCGCACGGCGUCGACUCGCGGCACGACCUGACCCCCGAGAUGUGGAAGGCGCGGGAGUACCUCAACUCCCUCGGAUGGUUCAACCAAGCCAGUCUGCGGGAGAUCGUCGAGAGGACACGGGGGAAGACCGGCACGCCUGGCGGGUGCUGGAACAGGGAACGAGGGAGCAUCAAGAGGGAGGAUGCUGCUGACGGCGGUGGUGGUGCCCAAGGCCCUCCUGUGAUAGAUGUGUGGAGGGGCAUUGGCCUGGAGGCUGUGGGAUCGGACAAGGAUGGAGAUGGGGGCGGGGAGAAGAGGAAAGGGUCGCAGAGGCAGAAGAAAGAUGCGCCGGGCGAGGCGGUGCUGUCACUAGACAAGCUGCUCGCUUGAUGUACAGGCAGGCAUAUGGUCUGCCUGUCUGUCUGUCUGUCUGAGUGAGCGAGUGCGGAUUUUCGGCACGAUUGCAUGGGUAGAGGCGAGGAGGGGGACCCAGUCCUUCCCCCUCCUCUAGGAGUGAUGAUAGGGGCGGUGUGAGGGUCAAUGUGGUCUGAGAAUGCAGCGCUGAGACAGACGUGUAUUUAAGACCUACACCUGCAGUCAGAUGGAUGGAUGAGACAGACUUGACUUGACAUCCUCCAGAUGAAUGAAUUGGAAAGACA